GCGUUCUUCAUAUUCAACCAGAAAGGGGAGGUGCUCAUUUCCCGGUUAUACAGAGCGGAUCUCAAGCGCUCGAUUGCUGAUGUCUUCCGGAUACAAGUCGUAUCUAACAGCGAUGUUCGUUCACCUAUUAUCACCCUCGGCUCGACGAGUUUCUUCCAUGUGCGGACAAACAAUCUGUAUAUCAUGGCUGUAACAAAAAAUAAUGCAAACACAGCCCUGGUUUUCGAGUUCUGCUACCGUUUCAUAUCCAUCGCGAAGGCAUACUUUGGUAAGGUGGACGAGGAAUCUGUGAAGAGCAACUUCGUUUUGAUAUAUGAACUCAUCGAUGAGAUCAUUGACUUCGGCUACCCUCAGAAUAGUGAGACCGAUACUUUGAAGGCUUACAUUACUACAGAGAGUAUCCGCACAUCUCCUGCCGCGUUGGAGGAGACCGCGAAGAUAACAUCUCAAGCAACAGGAGCCAUUAGCUGGCGACGACCGGAUGUCAAAUACAAGAAGAACGAAGCAUUUGUAGAUGUUGUCGAGACCGUUAACCUUAUUAUGAGUGCAAAGGGCACCGUGUUACGUGCCGACGUUGACGGUCAUAUCCUAAUGCGAGCUUAUCUGUCGGGAACCCCUGAAUGUAAAUUCGGGUUAAAUGAUAAACUUGUCCUGGAUGCGGCUGAGCGCGGGAUGAGCGAUGCAGUGGAGCUUGAUGACUGCCAAUUCCACCAAUGUGUUCGGCUGAAUGAGUUCGACUCGGACCGAACUAUUAGCUUUGUUCCUCCGGACGGGGAAUUCGAGCUAAUGAAAUAUCGAUCCACCUCGAACGUGAAUCUUCCAAUCAAGGUCAUUACGGCGGUAACAGAAAUUGGGACGACCCAGGUUUCGUACAUUGUAACCCUACGGACAACCUUUAAUCCGAAGCUCUCCGCGACGAGCGUUGUUUUACGAAUCCCCACUCCUUUGAACACGACCAGUGUUGACUGCAAGGUGCAGAAUGGAAAGGCAAAAUACGUACCCGCCGAAAAUGUUAUCGUUUGGAAGAUACCGCGGAUACAAGGUGGCCAGGAGUGUACAUUAUCUGGGACUGCACAGCUGACGGCGAUGACACACCGACAAGCAUGGGCUCGGCCGCCUAUCGACGUGGACUUCCAGGUGUUGAUGUUCACGGCGUCUGGUCUGCUCGUGCGUUUCUUGAAGGUGUUUGAGAAGGGCAAUUACCAUAGCAUCAAGUGGGUGCGUUAUCUCACGAAGGCGAGUGGAGGAUAUCAGAUUCGGGUGAGUACCCUUGCCCUUCCCUAUCUUAUCUACGGUGCUCAGGGCUCCAUCACCUCCAUCACAGUUCUAAGGGGGACAAUGUACUUAUACAUCUUAUCUUAUUCGUUUUUGCGGAAUUGCUUUAAUGUUAAUUACGAGUUUCUUGUGCUAUGUAUUUUGCUUACAAUGAUACGAACAGUCGUGUGCGAGAGAAGUUACAAGAAUACUAUUGAUUACAUAACAUGA